AGUGGUACCUCGCGGCGACGCAGCGUCGCAGGCUCGCAGCCACGCAGCAGGCUGCAGCCUGCAGGCCACACAGGUGACGGGACACAGCCACGCCAGCCGCGAAACUGCGGGAGCCUCUCACAACGAUGCAAUGAUGUCCGCCGCCGCAUCGUCCUUGCCGUCGCGCGGCCGCGCGGCCCCUUUCGGCUCGAGGGCACUGUCGCCGCCGUCCCUGAGGCGCAGAGCGGCCCUCCGCCGGCGCCAGCCCCGCGUGUCGGCUCUCGGUGGGGGCGGCGACGGAGAGGCGGGAAGGAUACUGGACCCGCGCGCCACGCCCCUCCAGAUCCUCGGCCUCGACGCUACCACAUGCUACUCCGCCGCCCAGCUCAAAGCCGCCUUUCGCGCCCGGGUAAAGGAAUUCCAUCCUGAUGUUUGCAAGGACCCAGAAAAUGCAGAUUUAAUAAUCAGAAGAGUGAUCGAGGCCUAUCAGAUGUUAUCCGGCAACCAAGAAAUGAUGGUUGAAAGGAACAAUGUUGACCCAUUUGAUGAACCUGAAUGUGAAGCCGGUGACAUAUUUGUCAAUGAACUUCUAUGCAUUGGCACUGGAUGCCCAUAUUCUUGUGUUAAAAGGGCACCUCAUGUAUUUUCAUUUUCAGAUGAUAUUGGUACAGCCCGUGCAGUAUCUCAAGGUAAUGGUGAAGAUGACCUUGUUCAGCUUGCUGUUGGGCAGUGUCCAAGAAAGUGCAUAUACUAUGUUACGCCUUGCCAACGCACUAUUUUGGAGGAUGUUCUUGCCAGCGUGUUGAUGGCACCUUACGAUCUCGCCGAAGCAGCAGUUCUGGAUUCCCUCCUUACGAAAGCAAAGUUUGAGAAUAACAGGUACACGAAGCCCAAAAGAGGAGCAAAAUCAUCAUCUGAUUAUGUUGAUUGGAUGUGAUCUGAUCCUGAAGCACAACCAAGGGGGAUGCCAGUCUCAGCCAGGUAGUUCAGUAGAUUUUUGCUGGUUUCUCUGUGGACUGUGAUCCUUGGGAGACCUGUCCCACUCGGCAGUGGAAUAGCAUGAUGCACAGAUGUAUUGUAGACUUGUAGUGUACACAAUAACAUAAAUACUCCUGCAGCGUGUAGGCCAUAUUCUGUGUGGCUCCGACUAUUAGAUAGUACUUGUAUAUAUAUCACUUCCUGGAUUUGUAGGUAUACAAAAUGGAACCGAUUCAUGUGAAAAAAACAUCUGCAUUGCAAACACCUAAUUUCAUUUUCUGUCAGAGAAGCCAAGCCCAGGCAAA